CUGGGUGCCGGCUUAGCAAAAAUUGAAGGAUCAUCCGAGGUGGAUCAUGAACAGUUAGAAGCCCAUCAACAAAAGUACAGUGAACAGCUGUUUAACCUCAGAGAGAAUAUUGAACACCUGAGUGGUCAGCUGAAGGAAUUACAGAAUGACCAUACCACCUUAGCUACAGAAGUCAAGAGCUGUUGUAAGAAUGCUGGUAUUACCCUGGCUGAUGUCGAGAAGCACAUAACUAUGUUACUAGGAGACAUCCUGGGUCUGCCAGAGUCAUCCACUAUCCAUGCUACAGGAAAAACUUCUGGUGGUCCAGUGUUAUGGAGUGCCAGAGACAUGGGAGCUUGGCUUAAAAGCUAUUUUGUUGCCAAAGAUGAACUGGAAACAAGACUUAAUGGUUUGAUGACAACAUUGCAAGCAAAGACUAUUUCAGGUAAACAUGCAAAAAUUUGUUGUGAAUCUAUAGUACUGAAGCUGAAGUAGUUCAUGUGCAAUACAGUAGGAGGCAAUUAUUACUAAACAAGGCAU